AUGGCUGAAUCACGCGAGGAUUGUGUCUUGCUCUCCAAGUUGGCGGAGCAAAGUGAAAGAUAUGAGGAGAUGGUCCUCUACAUGAAGAAGGUCGCUGCAUUGAACACUGAGUUGUCAGUAGAAGAGAGAAACCUUCUUUCUGUUGCCUACAAAAACGUUAUUGGUUCAAGAAGAGCUUCAUGGAGAAUCAUUAGCUCGAUGGAACAAAAGGAACAGACUAAGGGCAACGAGAAGCAUGUUGAAAUUAUUAAGGGCUACAGAGCUAAAAUCGAGAAGGAACUCUCGGAGAAGUGCGAGGACGUCUUAGCCGUUAUCAGAGACAACUUGUUACCAAACACUACAACCAACGAAGGAAAAGUUUUCUAUAAAAAGAUGGAAGGCGACUACUAUAGAUACUACGCCGAAUUCACUGUCGACGAGAAACGACAAGAAGUCGCUAAUAAGUCACUCGAGGCUUACACUGAAGCGACGAAAAUCUCAGACGCAGAACUCCCACCAACUCAUCCAAUCAGACUGGGCCUUGCUCUCAACUUCUCCGUCUUCUACUAUGAAAUUAUGAACGAGGCUGAUAAGGCUUGCCAAUUGGCUAAACAAGCUUUCGACGACGCUAUGCAAAAGCUCGACGACGUCCCAGAAACUAACUACAAGGACUCCACCCUCAUCAUGCAAUUACUCAGAGACAACUUGACUUUGUGGACCUCCGACGGAGGAGACGCAGAUGAGUAA